AUGAAGAGAUUAAAAGGAGAGUCUCCAAGUGCAAGGAGGUUCAAAUUAUCAUAUUUUUUGUUGGGUAUUGCUGCAUUAUACUUGACUCUUAUCUGCUUGAAGUUCCCCGAGUUUUUUGACACUGCAGAAGUUUUGAGUGGCGAUGAUAGUGAUUUAGGUAUAUAUGACUUAUCCAUUGGGAAUGAUGAGGAUAAAAAAUUAAUUAAAUCGCAUCAGAAUUCUGUUUCUAUGGAUGGAUUUCACCGAAUAUUACAAAAUAAUGAGAAUCAAGAUGCUUCUGUAAAGCCUCGACAGGAAGCCUCACCGGAGGAAAAGGAUGGUGCUCGACGCAUAAAGCCUAUUCAACAUCAAUAUGGUCGAAUAACUGCUGAAAUUUUGAGGCGAAUGAAUAGGACAGCUAAAUUCUCUGUGAUGGAGCAAAUGGCAGAUGAGGCUUGGACCUUAGGCUCGACAGCCUGGGAGGAAGUAGAUAAAUAUGAUGAAAAGGAGAUAAAGACGAGUGCUAUCUCAGAGGGGAAGCCCAAGUCAUGUCCUUCAUGGGUUUCAAUGCAUAGAGAUGAAUUAACCGAGAGAGAUUACAUCAUGUUCCUUCCAUGUGGUCUUGCUGCAGGUUCAUCGAUCACAGUGAUUGGAACUCCACGUUAUGCUCAUAAGGAAUAUGUGCCGCAGCUUGCCAAAUUGAGGUUGGAUGAUGCUACAGUACUGGUUUCCCAGUUUAUGAUUGAACUGCAAGGAUUAAAGUCUGUAGAUGGGGAGGAUCCACCAAAGAUUUUGCAUUUGAAUCCUCGAUUGAGAGGUGAUUGGAGCCAUCGGCCAGUAAUUGAGCACAAUACCUGCUAUAGAAUGCAAUGGGGGACGGCUCAAAGGUGUGAUGGUUUGCCAUCCAAAAAUGACGACGACGUGUUAGUGGAUGGAUACUUGCGGUGUGAAAAAUGGAUGAGGAACGAUAUUAUUGACACAAAAGAGUCCAAGCUAUUUUCAUGGUUUGAUAGGUUCAUAGGACGUGCAAAGAAACCAGAAGUAACCUGGCCAUUUCCAUUUGUAGAGGGCAGAAUGUUUGUUCUGACUAUUCGUGCUGGUGUUGAUGGAUACCACAUUAAUGCUGGAGGUCGGCAUGUGACCUCGUUUCCAUAUCGGACGGGGUUCACAUUGGAAGAUGCAACAGGAUUGGCAAUCAAAGGUGACAUCGAUGUUCAUUCAGUAUAUGCUACCUCUCUGCCAACCUCUCAUCCUAGUUUCUCAACCAAAAGAGUAUUAGAGUACUUGGAGAAAUGGAAAUCUCAUCCUGUACCCCAGAAUCGCAUUCAACUUUUUGUUGGGGUUCUCUCUGCCACCAAUCAUUUUGCAGAACGAAUGGCGAUAAGAAAGACAUGGAUGCAAUCUUCAGCUAUCAAGUCCUCUAAAGUAGCAGUCCGCUUUUUUGUUGCACUAAAUCCAAGGAAGGAGGUGAAUGCAAUACUGAAGAAAGAGGCUGCUUAUUUUGGUGAUAUUGUAAUUUUGCCAUUCAUGGAUCGAUAUGAGCUAGUGGUUCUUAAAACUAUCGCCAUUUGCGAGUUUGGGGUUCAAAAUGUCACAGCUGCUCACAUUAUGAAAUGUGACGAUGACACAUUUAUUAGGGUGGAUACUGUCCUAAAAGAAAUUGAAGGCAUGCCUCCUUCAAGGCCUUUGUAUAUGGGCAAUCUCAAUCUCCAUCACCGGCCUCUUAGAAAUGGGAAAUGGGCCGUAACCUAUGAGGAAUGGCCGGAAGAAAUUUAUCCUCCCUAUGCCAAUGGGCCUGGUUAUAUAAUAUCCAGUGACAUUGCCAAAUAUAUUGUGUCCCAGCAUGCAAAUCGGAACCUCUGGCUAUUUAAAAUGGAGGAUGUUAGCAUGGGAAUGUGGGUUGAGCAGUUCAACAGUACGAAAAAUGUUCUGGUCGAGCUUGUUGCUGCAACUUUUAAGCGAAUAGAGAGUUUUGGCCAGGUUUGUGAAGGAUGGAGCUAG